AUGGAAAACUCCAGAGACUCAUUUGUCGGUCCAGGAUAUGUGGCUACUCGUUCAGAUGCUCUUGAAAUCCCAACACAAGAAAACUCGGCUUCAUCAUCUACCUCUUGGACUGCUCCAGCACAAUUGCUCUCAAAUCAUCCAGUAAAUGAGUCUGAUACAAGCACACCGCAGCCUGCUUCCAACAUUGACACAAGCCAGUCAUCUAUAAAUCGCAAUGGCUCUACUUCAUUAACAGAAAAUAUAUCAAUUGACCCAGCUCCGCAAAAACGACUAAAUAUGCCUAUUCCAUCUAUUUCUAUUGCGCGGUCUAAUCUGGACGAUGGUGAUAUCAAGAAAUCAGUAAAUAUGCAGCCUGUUGAAGGAAAAGUCCAAAGUGAUGCACGCCAUCACCAUCACCAUCACCAUCAUCUAAAUGUAGAAGAAAAAGAAGGUGAUAUGCACGAUAUGCUCAAGUCUGACCGACGCUCACAUCAAGGAAGUGUUGAAGUGAUGAAUCAACACAUAGAAUCUGGUAAAUCUCACGAAUCAGAUACUCGUCAUUCGACUUUAAAAGGUAUGCCGUCGUCCAAAGAAACCAAAAGCAAUGAAAACGUGGGUCAAAAUAAAUAUGUUGAUGACAGCAGCAACGUGUAUAGCUUUGAUCACUUUUUGGUUUACACCAAGGCUGUCGAGUAUCCUCGUCUGUUUAGCACGAUUUGUGAAAAAAGAUUCAUACUUAGAUUUUUGCAGUCUGCAUUUGCUACAAGUGCCUUUUCCGGAAUGUUUGUUGCAGCUACCUGGAAUCAUUAUGGAUCAGCAGCUGCAAGUGACUCUGGUUUGAAUGUCAUGUGCUUUACCUCUAUUACAGCUCUAUUUGUGUCGCUUUGCUGUAUGUAUCUAUAUGCUUUUCCAGGAUCGCUUGGUAUUCCACCACAUAGACACUGGCGAUUUUCUGGAGUGGAAGUAUCUAUUGAUGCAGUUCUUUCCCUUUUGUGGCUUGGCUCGUCAGCACGUUUAGCCACUUACGCACGCUGUCCUGAAAACCGAUUUAUUCCAGCUCCCAACGGAUCAGGAAAUGUAUACAUGAUAGAUACGCCUACACUCAACUGUUUUGCAUGGCCAUUAUCCAUCACAACUGGAUUUUGUUGUAUGGCAUUUCAUAUUGUUACUCUGACGAUGGGCAUAUGGGAUCUGCAACGACAAGCAUAUAUUGAUGCUAAAGAACGCCAAAGUCACAUAAUGUUUGCACGAGGAAACUGGAAGCAGUAA